AUGGCGACAACGCCGUUCUUCGCGCCAGUCAUCACGGAUGCACCAUCCGUUGACACCAUAACUCCGUCCGUCUCUUUCGCCGCUUCACCUGCCGCGUUUUCCGGUAGCGAAUCUCGCCGUCGAUUCCUCACCUGCUCUGCGCGCGCACGGAAAUUCGGUGCUGAGGAAGUUUCCGCCGAACGCUCUUCUCCUUCUGCUGACGCAAAAACAGCUGCAGAUGGGGAGAAUGUAGCUGAGAAUACGGCGGCGGGGGAUACGGAGAAGAAGCCGGAGGAUGCAGGGAAGAAAGCGGAGGAUGCAGGGAAGAAAGCGGAGGAUGUGGGGAAGAAGGCGAAGAAGUGGGGGAAGGAGCUGGAGAAACGCUUGCACCGGUUACGGGAAGAAAUGGCGGAAGUGGAUGGGGGGAAGGGCGUCGACGCCUUUAUCAUCCCGUCGGAAGCCCCGCACCAGAGCGAGUACAUGGCGCCGUGCUUCGAGCGCCGCACGUUCAUCUCGGGCUUCACGGGCUCCGCGGGCACGGCGAUGGUCACGCGCGAGCACGCGCUGCUGUGGACGGACGGGCGCUACUUCCUGCAGGCGGAGCAGCAGCUUCCGCCGGGCUGGGACCUCAUGCGCGUGGGCAUGCGCGGCGUGCCCUCCGUCGCGGACUGGCUGGCGGAAGCUCUCCCCGCGGGCAGCCGAGUGGGGGUGGACCCGGUAAGUGGAAUGGAGGAUGGGAAAAAGGGGCGAGUGGGGGUGGACCCGUUUGUGCAUUCGGCUGACAACGUGAGGGGGCUGGCGGACACGGGGUGGUGCCGCUGCUGCGCGAGAGCAACCCCGUUGACGUGGUUUGGGGCGCGGAGGUCAGUGGGGAGAGGGGGAGGGCCAGUGGGGGCCGCAGAGCGCCCCCCACCCCCAUCAGCGCCCAUGUGGGUGCACCCGAUCGAGUUCGCGGGGCAGACGGGACCUCCACCCCCAUUAGCGCCCAUGAGGGUGCACCCGAUCGAGUUCGCGGGGCAGACGGUGAGGGCGAAGCUCUUUCCAAUUCAGACGAAGCUAGUGAGUGUGGAGCUAUUGAGCGAUGCAGAGGUGAAGUGGAUCAACGACUAUCACCACCGCGUCUGGGACACUGUGAGUGUGGGGUGCUGGGAAUGUGGGAUGCUGGGAGUGUGGGGUGCUGGGAGUGUGGGGUAUUGUGCAUGUGGGUGGGACACCGAGUGUGGAACACUGCGUCUCCCCUCUGCUGUCCGGAGCACCCCUGCAGUGGUUACAGCGUAA